AUGACCCACUCUUCACACACAAUGUGCAAAAAGCUCUCAUGGCUACCGUACACCAUCGGUUGCAGCCUGCAACGAACUUCGCAGCCACUUGGUUUCUUGAGUACUUCCAGGACGCAGGUGGAGAGGAGGUGGAUGGUCGCAAUGUCGAGAAGACUCCGAGUAGUUCGAAUUACUGGAUUUGAACCUGUGACGAGCACAUUCUGA